CAUUUUCGCCAACACUUUCUGAAAAGAAACGUUUCUUUUCCCUAACAUGGCCAGACCACAACAGCGAUACCGAGGUGUCCGACAAAGGCAUUGGGGCUCUUGGGUCUCUGAAAUUCGGCACCCUAUAUUGAAAACUAGGAUAUGGCUUGGUACUUUUGAAACUGCUGAGGAUGCUGCUAGAGCCUAUGAUGAAGCAGCGAGGCUAAUGGGUGGUACAAGAGCAAGAACAAACUUCCCUUACAACCCCAAUGGGUCUCAAUCUUCAUCUUCGAAGCUUCUUUCAGCAACUUUGACCGCUAAACUUCAUAGGUGUUAUAUGGCUUCGUUGCAAAUGACUAGGCCAUCACUUCCAGAGCCUCAGAGAAUUACUUCACCAAAUGUGAUCUCAACAAGCAACUUUCCCAUGAAAAGUAGCGAGACUGAUAUAAUGUUGCCACAAAAGAGACAACAGGAGGAGAAAGAAUCAGAGGGGAAUUGGGUUUUCAAGAAGGUUAAACUGGAAAGUGAUCAGCAAUUCAAGCCUCUUGAAGAAGAUCAUAUAGAGCAAAUGAUAGAAGAACAACAUAUAGAGCAAAUGAUAGAGGAGCUUCUUCAUUAUGGGUCUAUUGAGCUCUGCUCUGUUAUUCCACAACAAGCUCAUUGAUUCAUAAACAUUUUGAGCAUUUUGCUGGUUCACAUUCUUAUUCUGCUAAUUUUACUAAUUUUCUUCAACAAUCGCAGUCUCUAAUAGUACUAGUGCUUUAAUUUAGCUCCUAUCUAGGUCCUAGAUAUCUUCUAAGUGACCCAUUGGACAAUGUUCUAUGUAUAGCCAACCAUGUUG